AUGUCUGAUAUAAAAAGGAAUGAGUAUGACUUUGAUUCUUCUGAUGAGGAAGAUAUUCGAAACACAGUCGGGAAUGUUCCAAUGCAAUGGUAUGAUGCCCUUCCUCAUGUUGGCUAUGAUUCAACUGGACGGCCGAUAAUGCGUCCUUCUUUGCACCAAAAGUCUAUUGAUGCCAUUUCGGAAUUUCUUAAGACAAGUGCCACUGAAAACGGGGAGGCGGACUCAGAGUGGCGAACGAUAAUUGAUCCGAAAACCGGUCAAAAUGUUGUUCUUAGCGAUCGUGACCUGGAGAUUGUAACUCGAAUGAGUUCUGGAAAGGGUGUUCUUGGAGAUAUGGAGGAUGAUAUUUAUCAGCCAUGGGAAGAUUUCUUUUCGAAGGAUGUUCUACAAAUGCCUGUCACUGCACAUCCUCCUCAGAAAAGGUCAUUUAUACCAUCAUUGCUGGAUAGACGACGGGUAUGCGAAAUCCCUCAUUAUGUCAUCAACCGUUUUUACCUGAAGUUUACUAUAUCUUCACUGCUUGUUGGUCGUAUCACUCAUGCACUGAAAAUGGGGUGGAUUCGCCCUCGCCUUCCCGCAUGGGCCUUGGAAGAUGCUGACGAUCUGGAACAGGUCCGACGCUAUGCCAUGUACUUAAGUUCUGGCAAACCAGGUGCCUUCGAUGAUGAUGACGAAGGUGACAUUUUGGGAUUUUCUUCUUCCGCAGUGCCAAUCUGCGUUUUUCCAGACGUAUGGGCUGACCAGGAUAACAGUUCAACCGAAAAUACGAAGUCAUUUGAAUGGCAAGCUGGACUCCCCACAAGCCUUCAAACUUAUCGUCCUCCAAGGCCUAGGCCGUACAUGCGACCGGCAGCUGAACCACUACCUAGUCACGCAGAAUCUUAUAAUCCUCCUCCGGAAUUCCUACUGUCGGAAGAAGAAGAGCGUCAAGUGAUGCGUGCCUGGCGCGACAAGGUAAAGGAUAAUCAAGCAGUAAAGGUCGUGCCCAUUAUGCCACGAAAAUUCGAUUGUUUGCGUCACGUACCUUUCUCGAAGAGAUAUUUCCGCGAACGCGAGGAGCGUAUCAAGGAUAUGGUAAUGGCGGCCCGGAUUGAGAAACAGCAAGUUCACACAACACCUGAGGCUCUUUUGCCCGAGAUACCGAGUCUAUCGGAUCUGCGCCCUUAUCCGUCCCACGAUGGGCGGGUGACAGGUCUGUCUGUCUCACCCUGUGGCCAGUGGCUGGCUUCUGUGUCCCCUGUUGAUGGUUGUCUGCGUAUUUGGGAGACUCUGACCAACUACUGCUUUAGGUGCUACCAGCUAGUACCAACAAAUCGGAGCGCAGAAGCGAAAAAUUCUGUGGUCGCUGAAAAAAAGCUCAAAAGGCAACUCUUAGAAGAGGAGGUGGAUGAAACCAAAUUGCCUUCGGCCUACGUGUCAUGGAAUCCCAAUCCAGACCUAUGUUUGGUCUCUGCAGCAUUUGGGACGAAAAUAUUCAUCAUUAACCCGGCACUGGGUGAUCGUGUGGUCGUUGAGAAGACAGAUAAAAUGCUCUGCGAGUUCUGGAAGGCGCAUUUGUCUUCGUCUGGAGCAGCUGAAGAUGUUGAUUUGGACACCAUCGGAAUGGAAGGCGAUGGGGACAACCAAGAUGACGAGGAUACAGAAGUAGCUAGUAAGAGGCGCAGAGUUGACGGGGCGCGUAGUCAGAUCGCAGUUUGGAGCUUUAAAGCGUCCAGUGGCGAAAAUGCAACUAGGAUACUGCGCAACGCCUCAACCUCCACGGACUUCCCCAUCGAGUGGCAUUCCAGGAAUGUCAUCAAGAAGUCGACGAAGACGGCCGCACUGGCUCGCUCGCGCACUCUCGAGUUAUCCCGAAUAUCUAUUGAAUUGCAUCAACCCUGCAUUGACCUCUCGUGGCACCCGAAGGGGGACUACCUUCUGACCCUGAGUAUCUCCACGCUCUCGAGCGAGGCGCGUAGCCGCGCUGCCAACCGUCUGCUGCUGCACCGCCUCUCGCGCAUGUCGAGCCAGGCGCCCUUCGCGGCGGUCACCUCGAGUGCCGAGGAGUGGCGCGCGGCCGCCUUCCACCCCGGCGGCAAGCCCACUCUCACCGUCGCCGGGCCCCGCCACAUCUACACCUUCGACCUCGUCGCCCAGAAGGAACUCGGACGCCUCAAGCUCGACCUCUCCUCCGACCAGAUCUGCUGCACCUGCAUCCAUCCAUCUGGCGACCACAUCGUCGCGGGUACCAGUGACAGCCGAUUUAUCUGGUUCGACGUCGAACUUGGCAACGUCCCCUUCAAAAAGUUACGGUUAAAUCAUGGAUCAGUUCACCAAGUCCAUGUUCACAAUCGCCGCCCGUUGGUGUCUGUCGCCCUUGACGAUGGAUCCCUCCUAAUUGUUCACGCCAAGGUCGUCGACGAUCUCCUAUCGAAGCCUGUCAUAAUUCCCGUCCAAAUUAUCCAAACCGGCUUCCGCAGCACCUUUUCAACGACCUUCCACAAUCGAUUGCCACAUGUAUACUCGGGGGGCGACUGUGGAACCAUUCGGCAGUUUGUUGCAUGGAAUUAA